AUGGCAAAUCGGUUGCUACAAGAUCCAUUUAGUGUACUUAAAGAAUACCCAGAGAAGCUCACCGAUAAUUUUAAAAUCCCAUUCCAAGGGGAAUGUUUGCGAUUUAGUCAUGGAGGAGAUUAUCUUGCUGUAGGAUGCUCUAAUGGAUCAGUUGUGAUUUACGAUAUGGAUACAAAAAAACCAAUUUCAAUGUUGGGAAAUAGAGGUGGCCCACACGUAAGGUCUGUUCAGUCGAUAUCAUGGUCCCAAUGUGGGAGGUUCAUUUGGACUUGUUCUAGUGACUGGAGUGUGAAAAUGUGGGAUUUGCAAACUCCAGGUGUAUGCUAUAAGGAAUAUAGAUUUGAUGGACCUGUAUGGAUGUGCAAAGCUUUACGUGCAAGAUCUAGAAGUUGUUUAGCUAUGGCUUAUGAGCAUAAAAAUGCGUUUCUUUUGGAUUUCUCUGGGGAAGAGGUAAUUAAGCUAGAAAUAAAAGACGCUUUCUCCGGUGAGGUAGAGGAUAGCGACGUAGAUUACGGUUAUACAUUAGUAACAUGCGUGCAUUCGACUCUGAAUGACAUAAUACUUACUGGUACUUCCAAAGGCUGGCUUAUAGUAUACCGCAUACUGCGAGGCGAUGAGGGAUUUAAAUGCAUUAAAAGAACAAGAAUUGGACACACUAAUAUUAAACACAUAGAGGUAGUGCCAUAUGGUGAUAGGAUGGCUAUAAAUUGCUCGGACAGAACUAUAAGACAGUAUUCGUUGCAUAUCGACGAAGGCUCUUCUGAAGUUGUUCUAGAACUAGAACACAAAUACCAGGACGUUAUAAAUAAGCUACAAUGGAACUCCAUAGCGUUUAGCAAUCACUCUGGGGAAUAUCUGGUAGCCUCAGCACAUGGUUCAUCUGCUCAUGACUUAUACCUAUGGGAGACGGCCUCAGGAACACUUGUUCGAGUUUUGGAAGGCCCUGACGAGGAACUACUCGCCAUUGACUGGAACUUCUACAAUAUGUGUAUUGCAAGCAAUGGCUUAGAGUCUGGAAAUGUUUAUAUAUGGUCUAUUGUAAUUCCACCAAAAUGGAGUGCGUUAGCGCCGGACUUUGAAGAAAUUGACGAGAAUGUUGAAUAUCAAGAAAAAGAGAAUGAGUUUGACCAAUUAGAUGAAUUCGGCUAUCAACAAGUACAAGAAGAAGCAGAGGAAGUACAUAUAGAUUUAAAAAGUAAAGAGAAGUACGAUGUCCGAGGAAAUGAUUUAUCACUUGAUAAGUUUAUUAUUCCGACUGACUACGAAGGCAUUCUAAUGAUGAAAAAAUUACAGUCUAUUGGUUAA